AUGUUUCAACGCCCAAAUAAUACUAUCGACUUGAACGACUUUCCAGCCUUGGGUACAGCUGCUUCCAACGGACGACCUGCAAGCUCAUUACCGCCUCAAUCAUCUAUGCUACCCAACAACCGAUUCGCGAAUUAUCCUCCUACCGAUCAUUCACUACUCGGCAACGUUGAAUUUGGAGCAUCAUCACCUUAUCGUGGUGGCCUAGGCAAUAGAGGGAUAUCCAUGGACGAGUUUCCAGCAUUGCAACGAUCACCAGCACCACUAACGCCGAGUAGCAGUGAUAUCAAAGGAGCAAGUGGUGGUGUAGACCCGUGGGAUUAUGGUAACUUUGCAAAUACCGGCUAUGGCAUUGGAAAAAAUGAUCCCUGGUCGCGUGGUGAUUAUGCACCGCCACUGGCUCCAGUAUCGAAAAAGAACAUUAUAGGAUCAUCGAUGGUUGCACCAACACCACCAGCACCACCAUCAGCACUAUCAUCCUCUUCAUCAACCAAGGCAUCUCCAUCAGCAGCAGCAAGAUCCUUACUUGCAAGUGCUAAUACCACCACCAACAACAGCAGCAGCAGCAACGGCGGCAGUGAUGCAAAUACGAGCAAUGGCAACGAUAGCGGCAAUGGUCCAUACGGCUUAUUAGGGUUAUUGGGUGUAAUACGAAUGACGGAUCCUGAUCGAAGCAUGUUGGCACUGGGAACGGAUUUGACAACACUUGGACUUGAUCUUAAUGCACCAGACUCUAUUUACUCCACAUUUAUCUCACCGUGGUCUGAUGUCCAAACGCCCUCUGGUCUUAAUGUUGAACCUGGUUACUAUGUCCCGCCAUGUUAUCGAUCCAUACAAGCAAAUUCACCAGCUCAUCAACGAAUGCGUGAGUUUUCGGAAGAGAUCCUGUUUUACAUGUUUUAUGCAAUGCCAAGAGAUGUUGCUCAAGAAGCUGCAGCACAAGAAUUGUAUACGCGUGGUUGGCGAUAUCACAAAGAACUUGGCAUGUGGAUAUUCAAGGAAGCAGAUGAGAAUGGUCGCCCUGUUCAAGGCUUUCGACGGACAUCACCUAACCCAAUGGAUCGUGGUGUAUAUGUGAUAUUCGAUCCAAGCUCAUGGUCCAAAGUCAAGCGGGAAUGGUCACUCUUAUGGGAUGCACUGGAGGAUCGUCAACAGCAACAGCAACAACAGCAGUCGGCAGCAUUACCUUCAAUGUCCUCCUCUUCAUCAUCAUCAACCCAACAACAACAGCAACAACGAGCACAGCAGUCAGGUUUGAGCAUGAUGACCCCACCUAUCGGCAUGUCCGGUAGAGGAAUGAUGAUAUAG